AUGGAAAAGGAUAGGGUAGCUUGCGCACAGGGUGUAGAUAUCUUCUCCGUGGACAAGGAGACGACAGCAUGUGCCCGGCGCCUCCAAAUGGUAAUUGAUGGCGACAGUCCUUUGAAGACAAUUUAUGAGUCUGAUUCCUUCGAGCGAAAGCUCAUCAAGAUGGUCCUGGCUUGUGCAGAUUCACCAUCGGACUUCGAGGCCAACUCCAUUUUACCUGGACCAACAUGCCAGUCAGUCGCGAAGGACUUCACAACUCUGGUCAAACGCGUCUCCGAGAACUUCAAGAAGGUUGCAUACACUUGCCCAGACCGCCAUGCUGAAGACAUUCACCCUAUCAUCAAAGGGGAGAUACUACCUAAAAUUCGAUCUGAGGCUCAAAGUUCUUUCAGUUCUGCACUCUGCGCCAAAUAUUGCCAAGAAAUCGAUGGAUGGGACAUCUGGGCGCCUUUGGUUAACAGAAUUGUCCAUGUUCUAGCUAAUGGUUAUGAGUUCCACGUGGCCCUUUCGGUCGAACACAUCCCAAAGGAAAAGAAAGUUCCCCUGUACGAUAUCCCAUUCAUGUGGCCGAAUUCAAAGGAGACAAACGUGGGAGAAAAGACGAGCAUGGAAGAGUGGUACGCGAGGAUGUUGCGGAAGGCAAUCACCAAGUAUAAGGUAGACGCACGAUGGUGGGAGGCUCGCCAGAGUCGGCUUGAAGAAAAUGAAGAUUCGGCAUCCGAUAUCGAAGGCCAAACACACCAGCAUAUUCAAAAAUUGGUUGAGGAUAAGGUCAAAGCCUCGCAAGAGCUGACUCUCCAAAAGGUACAAGAUGCCAUUAAAGCACAAGUCGCCGAAAUGACGAAGGUCGUCAACGAUGGUAUCAAGGCAACCAACGAGCAAAUUGAUAGACAUAACGCUCGUAUCGAGUCCUCCAAGGCCGAAAUACUUGACAAUGUCGAUGAGAGAAUCAAGGCAUCCCAAUCUCCAACCUACAAGGUGUCGGAUAAGAUCGAUUGCGAAGUCGACAUUGACAAGUCUGGACUUAUCAGUCAUAUCGACAAGACGAUCCGAGAGGCAGUCAUGCAGUCCAUGUCAAGCAAUUCGGAGUUUGGUGUCACCCGUCAUGAAGUAGACAACAAGAUUCAUCAAAACAUGCAGACAACCACUGCCAGCUUAUUCAACAUGGAAUUGAGACUGCAACAAAAAAUUUCUGCCAUUGAAACUUCGAUGAGCGAAUCGAAAUCACAGCUUGUUCGCCAGUGCAACGAGUUGCAAGACGAAGUCGAAAAGACGAAAUUUAACCCGACCCCAUCAUUCCGGGCAACUGAGAAAACUUUCGAACAACCCACCAGAGACUUGCAGGCAGAAAGCUCAAUCAUCGAGGAUCUCGAGAAGGUCACCAAAGCAAAGACCAAUGUAAUGAACGGACUGAAAGUACUUAGUGAAAAGUUGAUGUCAGCAACCCCGGUUCCAUCAAUCCAAGUAGCUGAGCAGACUGUCACGGCCCAUCUCAAGGAAAAAGAACAAGCAAAGAACGUAAAUAAUGCAGCUAAGAAGACUGACAAUCUGGCUUUCCAAGUCGCAUUCCCUGGCCAGGAUACAGCGCCAACAGCAGCACAACUCUGGGAGGAAAUCAAGCUGCUACGAGCUGAGAUCAAGCAUUUGAAAGACACACCACCAUCUUCUGUCGCAUCGGAUCCCCAUUCUGGUAAUAAUGGUGGUGCGGAAACUAUGGAAAAGCAGGCUUUGGAAGACUGGUCUUUUCUAAAGCCCUCUGAGAAGAGUGUUGGAAUCGCAGAUGAUGUGGCUACUAACGCAGCGGUUCAUGGUUCUGACGGAGAUUCAGAGUCGUUGCAAGAUUUCCAAGCACGUUUGGUCCGGGGUGGGGCGUCUCCUUCCAGAGAUAGACCAUGGUGA